AUGAAACCUCAAAAAAGCAUUAUAAAAGAAUUGAAAACUUAUGAACAUAAUCUAUUUAAAUCUAACAAAGAACAUAAGAAAAUUAACAUAAAUGACUUUCCUAAUCUUUCUAGAAAACCUAUCGAAUGGAUGGAUUGUGAUUAAUUUAUAAAACUCAGAUAAUUUAAAUGUGACAAAAGAUUGGCGAUUAAUUUAUGCCAAUAAUACAAAAUUCAUAGAUCAGAUCAAAAAUUUUUUGAUACCAUAUAAAAUGUGAAUGUUGAAAAUGAGGAGUACAAGAAAAUUUAAAAUGUUAAAACUUUUAUGUUAAUUAUUAGUGCACAUCAUUUUUACUAAGGCAAAUUCGAUAAAACCAAUAGAAAAAGUAAAAGCUCAGAAUGGAUUAUUAAGAAUCCUAAUUUGAUAGCAAAAUGUCAUCUAUUUUAGAUCAUUCUUUUUCAUAAUUUUAGAGAUCUUUAGAUAAACACAUAGAAAUUAAAAAUGAUAUUUAACAUACCUUUAAUUUAAAACAAUUAACCAAAGAAUAGUUGUUAAGGAAAUUAUAAUCAUUGUAAUACUAUUUAAUUUGUUAUUAGAAACAAAGGUUUGAAAGAAAAUAUAUAGACAGAAAAUAUUCAAUCAAAUGAAUCCUUUUAGAAAAUCAGUUUGCCUACAACUUUUAUAUCUGUAUGAAGUUGAUAUUUAUUAGUAAGAUACAUCCAACACUAACAGAUAAAAAAUAUUCUAAAGCAUAGACUCCAACAUCUCAAUUAUAAACUCAAAGAGAUACAAAGUCUAAUUUUACAAGGACUUUUGUAAAGUGGCAAUUAAAUUCAAAGAGCAACAGAUCCCUUUAACAAAUUAAGAAAAUAAGGGAUGAUCAAGGUAAGUUUAAACCUUCGCUUUCAAAAGAUUUACAUAGUUUAAGAAAUAUUGGGACUUUGACUGAUAUAGUGUAAGUUUCAGUAAAACAUAAGAGUAAAAGGCAUAAGACUAACCAUAGCAUUAUUAAACAGAUAAGCAGUAAUGGAUGAUACUUCUAAUGAUUAAUUUCUUACUUAAAAAUCAUUUUUAAGGACAGUAAUAAAAAAAAUUAAUUUAAUUUAUAUCAAAUGUGACAUCUAAG